CCACUCUCCCCCACCCUCCCGCACCAGCCACGCCCCAACCUCCCGCUAUAAUUCCCCGCUGGCCACACCCCCGACCUCUCGCCAACAUGGAAACGCCCCCGCCAGUUCGCAGCGGCCGUUACCAGGGCAACCGUUGGGACAGAGACGGAUGGUGUAAAGGACAGUGAAGGGGGGUGGCGAGGGGGCCGUGGAAUAUUAAGUGAAGAUUCUUCCCGUAAACGCGUCGGUAGAUCAACACACAAGACACACCGGACUCACCCUGUUCCACAGUCAAUCACACAAGGAGCAACCAGGAGGAGCAGGAAGUGGAGGGUCAGAGGUGAAGGAAGAUGGCCGAUGCUGGUUGUAAGCUGCUCUUAUUUUGCCUGACAUUUGCUUUGUCGUGAGCAAGAAGCUUUUCAGUUAUGACCAGCGAUUUUCGGGAGAAAGAAUCGGGCACGGAGCUGCUUGUUCGACUAAAAGGGAGAAGUUCUCUGAAACGUCUUGAACCAAGGCUAUUUGGUGAAGAAGGAUUCCCAAGUCAUGGAGAUACUGUUGAACUCCAUGGUCCAGAGGGAACAGGAAAGACAGAAAUGCUUUAUCACCUGGUGGCAUCCUGCAUUCUCCCAGAAUCAACAGGUGGUCUCCAGGUUGAGGUUCUUUUCAUCGACACAGAUUACCAUUUUGACAUGCUUCGCCUGGUUACCAUUCUAGAACAUGGCUUAGUGCAGAGCACAGAGGAUUCAGUUAAACAGUGCCUGGGUCGUCUGUUUCUUGUUCACUGCUGCAGUAGUUCCCAGCUGCUGCUACUGCUGCACUCACUGGAAAGCUUGGUUUGCAGCCAUCCUGCCCUUUGCCUGCUUAUUGUGGACAGCAUGUCAGCCUUCUAUUGGAUUGACAGACUUAACGGCGGGGAGAGCAUUAGCCAGCAGGAAGCCAAUCUCAGGCACUGCAUUGAGUGUCUGGAGAAGCUGCUGACCGAAUACCGACUAGUAUUACUAGCAACCACCCAAGCCCUGAUGCAUGGGUCAGGGCCUGGAACUUCUAGGCCAGAUGAAGCUGCAGCUGCAACCUGGCAGCCAUCCCACCCUGCAGUUACAGAGUAUAAACCCUAUCUCUGCAAAUCCUGGCAAAAGCUGGUCAAGCGAAGAUUUAUUUUCUCAAAGAACAACAUAUGGGACAAUAAGCAAGAAUUUGCUAUUGUGUCUCUUCAGCCAAGAGGCAGUAUUGUGUCCAGGUGUUCUUUUAUUAUUACAGAUGGCGGGGUUCAGUUUCUUUAACCCUAAAACAUUCAUUCCUCAAUGAGGACCACAGGAGACACUUGUGAUCCCACAAAUGAGAAAAUGCCUUUUUAUUUUAAAGCUGUUAAUUGUUCCAGUUAACUGAAGCCUAUUCAUCAUUUUUCCUGGUGACCCUCAACAAGGUCAGGUGGAGAUUUAACCCUCUUAAUGUGAAUAAAGUGGAGGGUUUCUGUUAUUUUCAGUGGGAAUUCUCCAGCAGAAUUUGGCCUAAACUGUCGGGGAAAGAAGCUUAUCGAGACAUCUCCUUGAAGACUGUUUUUGAACAUUUAUGUUCUUUGUGUGGGUAGGCAAGUCUGGGACAUGUCCUUAACAUACUCCGCUCUGUCACAAAAUGCCAGAAAUACUUGAGUAUUUUUUUUGUGAUGGUGAUCCAAUUGGUCAUACUAAAUUGGAUUUUAAGUAAGCUAAUUGGAAAUUGAGUAGUUUUCACUUUCUAUAUGUAUUUAUAAUCUGUUCUUAAGGCAUUUCAUAUGAAUUGCUUAAAUUAAAAUCUAUUCAAUCACAUUGCUGUUUAAUGCAAUCCGUCCUUUUCAUUGCUGAGCCCAGUUUGUUGAAUAUAACUGCCUUAGAACAGAAGGAGCCCCGACAAAUCACCAUGCCCUUGCCAGUUCUUUGUCGGAGCAGUCUAAUUCACCCCGCUUUCUUGCCUUUUUCUCAGUAGUCCUUAAUGUUCUCUAAAAGAUCAUAUGGCUAAAAUCUUCCAAGACACACCACUCCUUAGCCUAUGACUUGAGGUGGCAAAAUCUUUAAAUCCCUUACACAAAAGUGUUGAUUCAAUAGUCCUUGUUUUCAAAAAGUGCAGUAUUUCAAAACAAAAUCUGAAAUUUCUCCUUGUGUUUAAAAUGAUGACUAACAAUGUUCAUUAUGGUGUGAUGGAUAGAGGUUUUAGAUAUCGAUGUCCAAAAAGUAAUGUUUCAAAUAGCCUUAUCCUUUGGCUUGAGAAGCAUCACAACUAAGAUUUGUUUUUAAAAAAGACUCUGGUCAUAGUUAUGUGUCCAAUGUUCUUAUGUGAGAUUUGGCAAUAAUAUCUAUCUAUGAUGUAUUAUUUUACAUUAACUAACAUUAGUUUUGGUAGUCACUCAGUGAAAUCUUGGAUUCUGUCUCAAUGACAUUCUCUAUCUGUCUCACUCACAGGCCUGCUUCUUCCCCAUUUGCAGGCAUCCAACUUACAAUAUAUAUUGUAAUUCAAAUGUUGUAACGUUUUUAAAUUAAAUUGCAGCCUUUUUCUGGGUCUUUGUGAAUGAAUUACAGGAACAUGUGGGAAUGGGGUAUGGUUGAGAUAGCUACCGUUGUGGGAGAGAACUUGGGGUGAUUUGAUUUGAUUUGAUUUAGAUUUAUUGUCACAUGUAUAUAAAAAGUCCAGGGGGAGUCAGCCUGGGACCUGCUUCUCGCUCACUGGCCUUUACUGCAGCUACUGCCAGAGACGACCUCCUUCAUCAUCUACUUGGCCACCGUCACUCUCCAGGCUUUAAAGAAAAGAAAACAAAGAAAAAGUAAAAAGAAAAGAGGAAGAAAAAGAAAGAAAGCAGAUGGGAGCAGACAAGUCCUGGGCUCAGCCCUUCUACUCUGCCGCCACCUUACUGCAACCACAUAUUAUAGGUGCCUUAGAUUAUCCAUGAUGAAGAUUGAAAAGGAGUGCAGGACAUAGGGAUGAGUGAAUACAAUAAAACUCUGUACGAUGAGAAGAACACCCGGGUUAUGAGAUACUGGUAAUGGUAACAGGCAGGGAACAGGAUGGGAGUGAGGAGUGGGAGAGCAACAGGACCGAAAAAGAGGACUGCAGUUGGAGGGUUGAUUUCUCUUUAUUCUUUAAUGGUAUAUGCUGUCUAACCCUAAUUCUUGUUGAAUUGAAUGAUUUGCUAGGCUAUUGCAGAGGACAGUUAAGAGUCACCCACAUUGAAGUCAAGUGUAUGCCAGACUGGAUAAGGAUACCAGAUUUUUCUCC